CAUUCAGACUUCUAAACCACCUGGUGUCAAAUGUAUCUGCCAAAGUCAGCAGGCCAACAAUCUGCUGAGUGUGUGAAGAAGAAAUGUCUUAUGAAGACAGGGUCGUACAUUUACUCACAUAUCUCCGAACCGAUUUUAGGAGUCCAAGGUCUAUUACGCCCUCAAGACCUGAAUAUGGACCUGAGAACAAAAGCACUGCCAUCGUCGAAUUUAAGAGGAUAUUCAAACUCAUCUGGCAUAUUGUUUUGAUCGGAAUUCUGAGCGGCAUCCUCCUCGCGGUGGUAUUGGUCAUCAUUAUUGAGUGGAACACCAACCAAGACGUGAUAAUGAGUCUAGAGCAACUCAAAGAGGAGAUGGCGAUCAACACUGAGAGGCUGCUAGAAGAGAAAAACUUGAUUGCAGAACAGCUGAACUUAACCAGGGCAAACUUCUCCAUUCUGAAGGCCGAGUAUGACCAGAUGUGGGACAAAUCUUCUUGCAAUUUAACCGUGCUGGAGAUGGAAAUCAACCGCCUGAAUGGGGUCUUGAAGAUAGCUGGACAAAGUAGAGAUCAGUAUGAGAAGCAGGUCAAGCAGCUGACGAACCAAGUGAAGAGUUUCCAGAAUAAUAUCCGGCUUUUGGAGCAGGACAAGAGGAAACAGAGUUCAAUCCUGUCCUCCAAACGGCUCGACUACAUCUGGAGUCUUUGUAACCGGACCACGUUGAGGUGCUCCCGCUGCAUUCGGGGUUGGAAGGAGCACAAUUCCCGGUGCUUCUUACUGACCAAAGUGGAUAAGAACUGGGAAAAUGCUCGCAUCGAUUGCCUCAAAUACAAGGGGGACCUAGCUGUUGUCCUGAACGCCGAAGAUCAGGCGUUCCUGACGAACCUGACGUUCCAGUUUAAAAAGGCAAAUCCCAGCAUAAACUUUCACUCAGCGUGGAUCGGACUGCAGGACUUGGUCAAGGAAGGAGUUCACUUCUGGGUCAAUGGAGAGAGAAUCAAAUGGGAUGCCAUAUACUGGAGACCUGGCGAGCCCAACAAUGACAUCACUACCCGGGACACUGAUCAGGCCGGUCAGGACUGCGUGUCCAUAGUACCACCGAAUGCGGUGGGACCUGAGGGCUGGAUGAACAGCUGGGAUGACAUUACUUGUGAUGGGAAACGUCACUACAUCUGUGAGACUGAAGCUCUGAUUUUGGCCUAGGAUGGACGAAGUCCUGUUUUAAUCUGGCGACAAGACACAUGUGGGAGGAAGUAGUAGGAUCACAGAGACUGAAAUGCAACAUUCUUGUUAAAAAGCACAAAACUCUGAGCAGACAAAGCUCAGAAUGAAAGAUUGCAGGGACAGCAUCAUGCUGUUGGGAUUGGAUGGGAUAAUGAGAAGGUAGAUGGAGCUAAAAACAUAUUCAGUCUAUACCCUAAGAAAAUCUAAAACUACAGAAGAAGCAAAAGCAAAAAACAAUUUAAGAAUUGUUAUACAUUGCGACCUGUAUGGUUCACACAGUAUGCAGAUGACUAUUCGAUUCAUUACACCUCCCCCCCCUUUUUUUUUUUUUUUUUUUUUUUUUUUUUUAAGAAAGCAUCGAACAAGAACACAGAAUAAUUAAAAAUUCAGAAAUGCUACUGUUGGUAUGCUUGAUGUACAAAUGUCGGAAUACACAAUUAACAACAACAGAUUUAAUUAACAACAACCAAAUCCCAGCUAACUGUUCCUGAUCAGGAAGCUAGUGUUUGCCCUUCAGCACAGCUACCAGAUACAGGAAGUUAGAAAAGUCGAAAACUUCAAUAAACCAUUGCAUUAAAACAAUGGAGUAAAACCUUAACAUUUGCAACUUAUUAUCCAAGUCAUAACAGAAAAAUUUUAUAUAUACAUUGCAUAAAAUAUAACAUUGUAAUUGUAUAUGAUGUAUAAUUGUAUAAAAUGUUAUAAACUAAAGCCAGUUUGGAAAGAAUAAUUUUCCCAUUUUAUGACAAAUAAAGGGGAGAAAGAAAAUGGUUUGCUGGUCUCCCAAAGUCUUA